AUGAGCGGAGAUUUUAAUUAUCAAGCCACUCAGAUGCUCUUGCAGCAGGGAGGUAUUAGCUCGCUCGGCUGCCAGAACUGGGUGAGAGAGGACACACGUAAAACCUUAUGGGAUCAGUCAUCAUCUUUGUGUCUUGCGCUCUAUGUAAAUCAGGUCGGCAUGACACCGAUCCACCUGAAGUUUAAUGCUCCACAGCUGCGAGCGAAUGCAGGCUCGCUUUCUGGAGAAUUUGCUGAAGGAUGCAGAGUUGGACGACCUCCACAGCUUCUUGAUGGCUCAGAAUCAGGUAAAGUCAGACCAGUUCACUCACUUGCUCAGAUGCAGAACGUUCAUGGCCUUUCUCUCCUGCAGGAUGGAGACACCAACUUCCAUGUGGCUGUCUUGAUCAAAAAGAAAUGCUGGAAUCGCUCUUUGAGGUGGCUUCCAAGAUGUCUAUCUCAAAGCAACUGGAGCUUUCGGUAUGGAAAACAAAGUGAGCAGGUGCUUGAUUUACGUGGACUUUUCUCUUUCCCUUAUCUUCUUGUUGUCUGUAGGCCGGAAGACGAUUCUUCAGAUCGCUGGAAGACAAUUCUUCAGAUCGCCAGAGGGUCAGUCUUUCCUUUCAAUUUCAUGGUCCUUCUGAAGCACAUGGGAGACUUUUUUCGGACAAAUCCCAUCAUUUUUUCAGACAAAUCCCAUCUUUCAGCAGCUGCGCUCUUAG